GUAAACAAGUUGUAGUUCUUUAGUGGUGGUCGUCGUUUGAUAGUUAGGAGUCGAGCGAAAGAUCAAGGCUUAGUCAGUACGCUCCGCAAGUUCGCGCUUGUAGCACCUGUGCCUCAAUCCUUACUAAUCGUCCUUUUUCUUCGUUCAGCACAGAACACAAUUCAAACUCUUUCCCCAUUAUCAUCAUCAUUAUUCACAUUGUGUAAUGCAUUCGAAAUAAUCGCGUGUUCCCAUUUAUCUAAACCAGAACAUUAUCGAAUUAAUCUCUGCCCUGAUAACGGGCGAGACUCAGAGAGAGAGUUUCUGUUCCUGUAUUUCGUUUGCAAAGAGGAUGUUCGACAAGAAUCACAGCCGCAGCAGCAGCAGGAUGGACGUCUUCUUCGGAAUUCUUCUGAUCCUAGCCACAACCACCUGCGAAGUUUUGGACUCUAAAAAUGCAACCGAAACCGUACCGUCGGUCAACCAAAUCCUGUGCGCUCCCACCAACGAGUUCCCGAAGGACAACUCCAGCCACAACAUCCGGAUAAACCAGACAAUCCUCGAGCAUCUGGCUCACCAUCCGCAGAACUUCUCGGAGGUAGGAGAUCUCCUGCACGGCUGCAUCCUACCAUCUCCGAUCAACAACGCCACCGUGACCGAUGAACCGGUGAAGAAGUCGGACGAACCGAAGUCGCAGGUGGAAUUGAUACAGGAGGGAAACAACGAGGACUCGAGGAUCGACGUUUCUCCUCCUUCUCACGGUCGAACUCCUCUGGUUCAGGGUCAGCUGGCCGCGAUUCUUGCAGGAGUCUUCGUGAUCAUCGCAGUCAUCGGAUACGUCGGACUGUUAUCCUGGAGGAGAUUCUUGGAGAAUCGCUAUGGAAAUCGUGAGAUGCUGGUCAACGAGGAAGAGUUCUACGAUCCGAACGAUAUGAGGCAUUUCUCCAUAUGAUGUGCCAAAACAAAACAAGAACAAUCCAUGGAAG